UCUGUGGUUAGGUCUAUUCAUUUACCUCGUCUGUGGCACAGUUUUUUUUUUUUUUUUGUUACCCUCACUGUUGUCAUAAAGACACUCAUUGUCAGUGUAACAAAUUUUUAUUUCUAAGUUGAUUUGUUGUUAAGAAGAUGAAUCAGGAGAAUAUUUUAAAAAAUUAUAUAUUGUCUCAGUAUUCCAUGGAGAAAUUGGCAGUAAUAAAAAAAAAAUUAAGUAAAAGUAUACUUGAAGCUGACCCUUGGUGGCGAAUAAUAAAUCAAAUCAAAAAAGAAGUAACAGAUGAAGAAAGUAUAGAAGAAGCCUCAAGUAGUAAUGAUGAAGAUUGUAAUGAUAUUUUAUCAAGACACCAGACACCAGAUCAACUUUCAUCUACUCAAUUUUAUUUUACACAACCAGAUAAAUCCUUUAAUACAGGCACUCAGCAGGAGCAUAUAUCGAAGCUUGAUAUCACAGAAUGCCUUUUCGAAGAAUUAGAAUGUCCUAAUGGAAAGCUGGAUUUGAAUCAAUUAGAAAAUUUAACAGAGACAGAAUGUCUAAAAAUAGUAUGUGAUUUAGAAAAAAGAUUAAAUACUAUAGGUACAUACAAUUUAUGUUGUUCUAUGAAUAAUAUGACUUUGAACCAAAGAAUUAAAUAUGUACAAAUUUUUUAUACUCAUUUAGUAUUACCAAAGAUUAUUGCUUUAGAAGAACCUUCCAGAUUACUUUUAUCUGCUUUAGUAGAAAGCACUCAAAAAUUUCCAAAUGAUAUUCAGCAAUUUAUUUUUAUUCCUCUUUUAAAUGUUGAUUUAACAGACACAACAAUUAUUGAUGGUAUAGUAAAUACUUUCGAACCUGAAAGACAUAUUAUUCUUAUUGCAAAAUAUUUAUCAUACGUGAAAGAACUUAAAUCAUGGCAUCUAUCUUUUCUACACACUUUGAUUACUACUACAACAGAUAUUACACUAAAUGACAAACUCGUACAAUUAUUAUCUGAGAAAGCAGUUGAUUUUGCCAAGGAUAAAAGUUUCGGAAAGCUUGUAUUAUCAUUUAUAAAGUCAAAUAUUAAAUUUUCAAAUGAACAAAAGGAAUUAUUGUGGGAAAUAGCCAAUAUUAAUCAGACAUUGUAUAAGAAACCUAUGCAAAAUAUACUAAAAUCUAUGUAAUUUAUACAAAUGCUACAAAAUAUAAAAAAUUUUAUUAUGAAAA